CUCGGAAUCAUAGAGCACUCUCAUUCUUUUGUCGCUGUCUCUCUCAUCGUCGUCGUUCUCUAGCGUUGCCUCUUGCCUAGCCCAAGACACUCCCUGGCUGCGUCCCCGUUUGUACUCGCUCAUUAGCAACCUCGUUGCUUGUGAAUUAUAUCACCGGCUUUUCAUGAUGGCCACGACUAAAACUCCUCUCGAAAGCGUGCAGGCAUGCUGGGCUCGCAUCUCACAGGCCUCGCCGAUCUACCAGCUCACACUCUCUGAUGUUGUCUUUGAGGGCGCGACAGAGGGCUCUAUGGUUGCGAAGCUCAAGGUCACCGAGAAUCACAUCAACUCUAAAAAAGGUCUACACGGCUCUGUCUCGGCGACCAUAGUCGACUGGGCCGGGGGCAUGGCUAUAGCUUCCACCGGCCUUGAACAGACUGGCGUCAGCACAGAUAUACACGUGUCGUAUGUUUCGUCUGCAAAGGUUGGCGACACCCUGACCAUAGAGGCCAAGGUAUCAAGAGUCGGAACGAACAUGGGAUUUACCACGGUAACCAUUUACAAAGGAGAAGGAGAUAACAAGAGUGUUGUUGUUCAUGGCACUCAUUCCAAGUACAUUUUGCGUGAUCGCCAGGCGAGCAAGACUGGCUGAGAGUGAGAGUCUUGCUACCUGAAAGUUUUUUUUUCCGUUGGCAGGGGCUUUGUGGCCACGGGGUCCUUAAGGGGCAUGGAGCAUCACAUCCAAAAACCGGAAUCUUCUUUGCAUCAAGCACGGCUCACCUCCAUCGUGCUAUCUGAUUCACUCGGAUACCGGAGAACAGCAUCACACCUAUUGCUUUAGAUCUCUAUCAAUCCCUCUUUCUCCCUGGGUUAGAUAGAGAAUUAUGGCGUGAGACAAGAUCCAUUCGGCAAGACUUCCCGGCUCGACCUCCCUAGUCAGCAUAUAAUGAAUCCAGAAGCGCUGUCUGUUUUUCAA